AUGACUGAUACAUUUUCCGUAUGCAAAUUUCAUGUUUGGCUUGUUGAUGUUUGUGUACGGUCAAAACCGAUUGACUUAGUCGUACGAACUGGUCGAGACGAUAAUGUUUCGAUCAAAGGGUAUCUGCAUGACAAGCUCGGUCGAGGUUGCCCAAACUAUUCCCACCCUCUUUCCGUGCAUUAUAACCGUUGGCUUCCUCAUAAGCUCUGUUCAGCGCCACGCACCACCUCUAUGGCCCCGUCGAACGGUGGCCAACCGGCACGUAUAGAUACUCAAAAUGAUGCUACUGUUUGUGCGAACAACCCUACAGAAUCAAUUGCCAAAAUUUCUUCAUAUGCAACUGCAAUCACCACUGCUACUCCUCUACCACCUCCCAAAAUUAGACAUCCAAGAGAAGCUGUUAGUGCUCGACAUACCACACACAAUGGGAUGCCAGCAGUAAUCUUCAAGGCUACAGAUUAUUAUGGGGUUAUGGCUAAGGAAUGUAGACUCACUAUUAUGGGUCGGUUCUUGAAACCUAGGCCCCGAAUCGAGAAAAUUAGGGCUACAUUCAGAGAACAAUUUUCAGUCAAAGGCAGGGCCAAAAUUGGGGUUUAUGACAACUACAAUGUCUUCUUAGACUUUACUAAUGAGGAUGACUUCAAUUCGAUUUGGUACAGAAGAAUGGUGGAAAUUGAUGGGCUUCAGAUGUGGCUUCAAAAAUGGACCCAGACUUCCGACCAGACAAAGACAUUCCCAUUGUGCCGGUCAUUUGAUGAUCAUCUUGGCGUGUAGGCGCACCGGUUGAGGAGACUUUAUGUGAGCUGCACUCCAGGCUACGCACCGUAGUCCACCGAGUCUCCAUUGUAUUUUCUAUUUUUAUUCUGUCUUAUUACAUUCCGGACGGAUGAUGUAUAUUUAUUGUAUUCCUUAGAAAAAUGCUCAUGCACUUGUGACACCG